UUCGACAAUCCCUUAGCAAUCUAAAAUCGCGCCACAGUUUUAGACAAGGCAUCACCUUCAUCAAAACAACGCUAACCCUAAAAAUGGCGAUCCGAACGUACGGCGACAAGCCGUUGAGCUUCCAAAUCGAAGAAAAUGGCGAAUACUACUGUAUUGGGUCGGAGGUGGGCAACUACCUCCGGCUCUUCAGAGGUUCACUCUACAAGAAGUAUCCUGGGAUGUUUAGAAGAGCCAUCAGCAACGACGAGCGGAAAAAGCUACUUGAGCUAGGCAAGAGCGACCCUCUAUUUGACAGGUUGAGUCAACACUGUCUGGCAUCCAGCGUAUCUCUAUUGAAAGCUUCCGAAGUUGAAGACAUUAUAGAAGGCAAUGAUGAAAAGUACAAAGCAAUUUCAGUUCAUUCAGAACCUCCUGCUCCAAGAGAACCAAAGCCUAAGAAGAGUGUACCUUGGGUUCCCUCUGUACCGAACAGUUCACAUUUGGAUGCUGUGCCUCAAGCAACACCAAUAAAUCGCAAUAGAGUGAAUCUUAAAAAAGUCCGGACAUUCCCCCUUUGUUUUGAUGAUACUGAUCCUGGUGCUAUUCAAGAAAAUGCCAGUCAAAUGGAAACUCUUGUUCCAAUUCGUUUAGACAUGGAAAUUGAGGGACAGAAGUUACGUGACACCUUUACAUGGAAUAAAAAUGAAAGUCUCAUAACUCCAGAACAGUUUGCAGAGGUACUCUGUGAUGACCUUGAUUUAAACCCAGUUACAUUCAUUCCUGCUAUUGCUCAGGCUAUUCGUGGGCAAGUGGACAGCUUCCCCAGUGAUGGGACCAUUGUUGAGGAAGCUCCAGACCAACGGGUCAUUGUGAAGUUAAAUAUUCAUGUUGGCAACACUUCCCUAGUUGAUCAGGUUGAAUGGGACAUGAGUGAAAAGGACAACAACCCUGAAACUUUUGCAAUGAAGUUGUGUGCUGAGCUAGGGCUUGGUGGGGAAUUUGUCACUGCUAUAGCUUACAGUAUUAGGGGACAGCUCACAUGGCACCAACGAACUUACGCAUUCAGUGAAGCACCUUUGCCAACAGUUGAGGUUCCAUUCAGGCCACCAUCUGAAUCAGACCAAUGGGCUCCAUUUUUGGAGACACUCACUGAUGCUGAGAUGGAGAAAAAGAUCCGGGAUCAGGACAGAAAUACAAGACGAAUGCGGCGUCUUGCAAAUACUACUCCCGGAUGGUGAUCCUGUACAUUUUCUAUUCAUUUUAGUUCUCAACUCAAGUGUAAACUGAAUUUUUCUCAUAAAAAUAGUUAUUGGCAUUAACGUUUAUAUUUGAUUAGUUGUAUUAUUUUAAUUUUAUUGUGUAUGGUUAAGAUGACAUCUUGCAGUGAUGUGUUAUGUAAAGUGCUUGCUCUUAGAAAUUAUAAGGUACAUUUCAAGUGAAA